UCAAAACAAGAGAUCCCACUAAAGACCGGCAGGAGGAUAGCUCAAGAGCGCCGGCUUGUUGAACGUUAUGAAGGAGCGAACGGCGGGGAGAAUUGAAUUCGGAGUCGAAAGCAGAGAAACAACAGUAGGGACCGGCGUUCGUUCCUGACGAUGCUAGAAAGAGCAGCUAAAGGCACCCCAUUCAAAUCGACCCUUCUCUUGAAGCCGCUCAACGUAUCGAUUCGGAGACUGAGAGUGUUGUUCUGUCUUUUUUUUUUUAAUUCCGAAAAAGCCUCAUUGAAAUCCGAUGGCGACACUGACAGAGCAUGGAGAGGGGUGGAAUAUAGAAAAUCACAAGAAAACAGACAGGGGUGGAUAACAGCAAACGGAACGGAACGACUGCGACUAAGGACAAGCAAAGAAGGCCGACGGAAAAGUGGACAACAGAGCACCCAAAGACGAGAAGAACAUCAACAAGGAAAGAAAGUAAAAAAGGAUGAAGGUGCGCGAGUAAGAAGUUGGGGCUCUGGACCUGGAGAAUUGGAGGAAGAGAGGAGAGGAGAGGGAGACGAGAGAAGUGAAAGACUCCGGCGUUUCACACUUUCUGGCCAGCCAGCAUUAGAUAAUUAUCCUCUGGGCUUUUGGCAGCAAUUAGUUUUAGUUUAGGGGGGGGGAAAGGCAGAAGAAGAGCGAAAAGAC